AUGUCUCAAGUCGUAUUUCUUACGGUUGAACCAUCAAGUUGUGUAGACACAGUAUUUCAAACACAUCCUAGUUGGAUUCAUCCACAUUUGACCCAAGAUAUCGACUUGGUAAAGGGCCGCCAACUUCGGGUCUCGGCCCUUAUUCCGAAAGGCACUUGUCUUAUUAUCGAUCGCCCAUAUGCAAUUAUUCCAGUUGUCGAUAACCCUGCGGAAAAUGAAGAUCUCAUUUGCAGCAACCCAGCCUGUAAUCAGCGAGUCACUCGCCACACAGAACGAUGUACCUGUCAGAAUUCUUGCGUCCAGGAUGUCAUGUGGUGCAGCAGUUCAUGCAGAGAAGCGGACACUAUUCGCCAUGAAUUUGAAUGCACUUGGUUGAAACGUUACUCGAAGUCCAUACGAGCCAAGUGGGGGGAAUAUGACUUUGGGAUGUUAUGGGUGAUUGUUCGCCUACUUGCAACUCGACAAGGUGAAAGCCGGCACUCGAAGAGCGUUUCAGAGAGCGAAUUGGCUUUGAAAGGGUGGAAAUCUGGCUGGGAUAGUAUAAGCUUGUUAUGUGGAUCCUCUGAUACUUGGUCUCAUGAGCGGGUCCGAUCAUGGACCGUUUUGGUCAAGAAGUAUCUUCAAAACAGUCCAAUUUUGCCACAUGGACUAAGUACAGACCAAGUGCUUCAUCUUGUCUGUCAAGAAGAAGCCAAUUCAUUUGGCUUGUAUCCAAAGGAGACUGGCCAUUUCCCUGUACCAGAGUCACAGCCCCCUAGAGGGGAGCAAUUCGCCGCCGCCGUUUAUUCCACAGCAGCGAUGGCUAAUCAUUCAUGUGCACCGAAUAUUGUUCAUAAGCCCAACGAUCAAGGUUGUAUGGUUUUCACCGCCUCUAGAGACAUUCAUCCGGGCGAAGAAUGUUGUAUAUCAUAUUUCGAUUUGACCCAGCACACUGAUCUCACCUCGCGCCGUGAGCACCUUCAGCGAUCGUUCCGUUUUGUCUGUCGAUGUGAAAGAUGUCUUUCCGAAGAGAAAUUGGAGCAGACAGAGCAAGUUGAGCAGAACUCAUCAGAGUGGACUGCCAUGCCUAUGAUGGAUAUCUUGUGA